GAGAAAAAUGAGCUAUGAUAAAUAGGAAGAAUAAAUGUUUUAAAUUUCCUAAAAGAAAAAGAAAAAGAAAAAAGAGGGAGAGAGGCAGAGAGAGGAAGGAGGUAGAAGCCAUGGGUGGCGGCAAUGGCCAGAAGGCAAAGAUGGCUAGAGAGAGAAAUAUGGAGAAGCUCAAAGGCCAGAAAGGAAGUCAGCUCGAAACUAACAAGAAGGCUCUGACCAUCCCGGUUUUUUUUAUUAUUAUUGUUUUUUUGCAAGGUUUGUAUGCAAACUUUCAUCUGCACUACUUCGGAGGUGAAAUGCAGAGAACACGCAGAGGCAAAGCAUCCGAAGGCCGAUGCCUAUACUUGUUUCCCCCACCUGAAGAAGUGACGAGAAGCUACCGGUGAAAUGGGUUUCAACUAUAUCUCAAGUCUGUCAAUGUUUUGAAGCUGUUUCAGUUUUGUUGCUGAGAUAAUAUCCUAAACUUUUGAUUGUUUAGUGUCUUGAAAAUCUGAAACAAGGUCAUAUUUUCUCACUCUAUAUCCCUCCUCUGUCCUUUUAUAUCACAACUGUUGACAGUUGAUGUUU